CUCCCCGUCACUGCGACCCACUCUCCACUCAGACUCCAGUCCACUGUCCAGUCCAGGUGCGCGCACAAGAUCAGCGAGGAGAGUUGUUUGUUUUAUCAGCUGAGUGUGUGUGCGGGUGUUCGCACAUAAGCCUCAGAUCCUUCCUGCCCUGAAUACGUGAUCUUCCUGUUUGUGAUUAUUCGGCGUUGCUUUCUGCACCGCCAGGAGAGGCUCACUCCACGGAUUAGGAGCAGAUUUCGUCUUGGCUAUAAAAUUUGAUCAGUCGCACCCCCAGACUCAGAUCGACAGCCGCUGUUGAGAGUUUGCUGUUCGAGAAAAUUACUAGAGUUGUAGUACAUUCCGUGUCGCUCUUCAGUGUUGGGCAGUCGUCAUCGCGUGGCUGAGUGUCCGCGGAGCUUUGCUGUUUGCGCAGCGUGAGCCCCAGGGUUUGAUUCUGUUCUGCUGUUUUGUUGCCCACGUGAACGUAUGGAGAAAUGAGCUCACAGUAUUUGGAACCGGGUGCCCGCGUGUGGGUGAAGGGCAAGGUAACAUGGCAGCCGUGUACCGUCGUGUCCGCCGGUCCCAUGAUCAAGUUCAAGUCCGACUAUGGCGAGAACUUGGAGUAUUCACAGGAUGUGUGCACCCACGAGACGGUCACGCCGAUGCACCAGUCCAGCGUGGAGGGUGUGGAGGACAUGGCCACGCUCUCUGAUCUUCACGAGGCUGCCAUUCUCUACAACAUCAAGCUACGCUACUCCAAGGACAUGAUCUACACAUACAUUGGCAGUAUCCUAUCCGCUGUGAACCCGUACAAGUCGAUCGGUGACCUCUACUCAGAUGAUCUGAUUAAAAGGUACACGAAGCAGCAUCUCGGUGAGCUGCCUCCACACAUCUACGCCAUCGCUAACGAAGCGUAUCAGUCGUUAUGGCGGCAGGCUGAGAACCAGUGUGUCCUGAUCAGCGGUGAGUCCGGUGCUGGUAAGACGGAGUCGACAAAGUUUAUUCUGAGCUUCUUGUCGGAGAUGAGCUUGUCGCACGCCGAAACCGCCGCCACCAGCAGCAAGCGCAGUGUCAACGAGGCUAUCCUACAGAGCAGUCCUAUUCUGGAAGCAUUUGGCAAUGCCAAGACCGUGUACAACAACAACUCGAGUCGUUUCGGCAAGUUCAUCACGCUCAACUUCAACAACAACGGUGUCAUUGAAUCCGGAAACAUCAUUGACUAUCUACUAGAGAAGAACCGAGUUGUGCGGCAGAACCCGGCCGAGCGCAACUUUCACAUCUUCUACUGCAUGCUGGUCGGUGCGGCACCGGAGCUGAGCGAGAAGCUGCAGCUGUGGGGAGCCAAGAAGUACCACUACCUGAAUCAGAGCGGCUGCGUGAGCGACCCCACCAUCAACGACGCGCAGCACUUCAAGGACAUCGAGCUUGCCUUCGAAACAAUGAUGUUCUCACCGGAGAACAUCUUUGAUGUCUACAGUCUUCUAGCUACCAUUCUUCAUUUAGGUAACGUAACAUUCCUCACAGCCGGCGGUGCCACGAUCAACGAGAAGUCCAUCGUGGACUUUGUGGCGUCGCUGCUGGACGUGGACAUGUAUGCAAUGGGUGAUGUGCUCACUACGCGCUCCAUCACGCUGCGUGGCGAAGAGAUCAACACACCGCUCACGUGUGACCAGGCUGAAGAUUCACGUGACUCUCUGGCAAUGGCCCUGUACGCCGCUGUGUUCCGCUGGAUCCUGAAAAAGAUCAACGUCUGCAUCAACGGCCCGGAGACGUACCGGUCGAUUAGUGUACUCGAUAUUUUCGGUUUCGAGAACUUUCAGGUGAAUCGUUUCGAGCAGUUCAACAUCAACUUUGCCAACGAGAAGCUGCAGAACUACUUCAACAAGCACAUCUUUGCCCUGGAGCAGCACGAGUAUAACAGAGAAGGCAUCUCUUGGGCGGAAAUUGAGUGGGUGGACAACGGAGAAUGCAUUGACCUCAUUGAGAAGAAACUUGGUGUGCUUGCACUUCUGGAUGAGGAGAGUCGCUUCCCGAAAGGCACGGAUGAGUCGUUCCUCCAGAAAGUUCACAACGCGCAUGGGAAAAACCACUUCUACAUCAAACCGCAGGUGAAGAACACCAAGUUUGGAAUCAACCACUAUGCUGGCGAUGUCAUGUACGACACGCGGGGUAUUCUUGAAAAGAACAGGGACACCUUCCGAGAGGACGUUCUUAUGCUUCUCAAGGACAGCAAGAAAGAUUUCAUCUAUGACUUGUUUGAGCACAUGACACCAGCCAGCGAGCAGCGAGGCAAGGCCUCCAAGAAGACCAAGACCGUCAGCGGCCAGUUCAAGGAAUCCCUCCUGUCUCUGAUGACACGUCUUGGCCAGUCGAAUCCUUACUUUGUACGCUGCAUCAAGCCCAAUGUCAAGAAGCUUGCUGGUGAGUUCAGUCCUGAGACGGUGCUGAAUCAGCUGCGGUACUCGGGCAUGAUGGAGACUGUCAAGAUUAGACGGGCUGGCUAUCCGGUGCGACGGCCGUUCGCCGACUUCAUCUACAGGUAUCGCGUGUUGGCACGUGGUCUUCCAGCCGGUGUGGAGGCCAAGUCUGGCUGUGUGAAGGUUAUGGAGACCUAUGACAGUCAGCGGAAAGACUGGCAGAUGGGACAAACAAAGGUAUUCAUGCGUGAAACAGUGGAGGUUAUCCUGGAGAAGGCCCGCGUCAAGGAGCUAGGCGUUGUGGCGCGGAAAAUCCAGUCGCGAGUUCUCGGAUGGCUGCAAAGACGCCGCUUCCUGAGAAUAAAGGCCAAGGUCGUAGUGCUGCAGAAGUUCUUCAAGGCCAUCGUAUAUCGCCGGCGAUUCCUUCGCCUUCGCAAGGCAGCCAUCGUUAUGCAGAAGUACGAGCGAUCCCGCGUGGCUCGCAAGAUCUUGGCUCAGCUGAAGGAGGAGAAGCGAAUCGAGGAGGAAAGAUUACGCGAAGAAGAGCAUCGCAAGGAAGAGGAAAGGCAACGUGAAUUGGAACGCCUGGAGCUGGAACUGGCCAAGGAGGCUGAGCUUGAGGCAGAGAAGGUCAAGCUGGAACGCGAUCUUGCCGAGAUGAAGGCCAGAGUGGCCGCAGAGCGAGAGAUGAAGCAGGAGGAGGAGAGGCGACAGCGCGAGAACGAAGAUCGCAAGCACAAGGAGGCAUUGCAGCGUGCCCUGGAGCUCGACAAGAUCUUCAAGGAAGCUGAAGAAGCGGCUCGCAUUGCUAUGGAGGAGCGUCAGAAACGUGAGGAGGAAGAACGAGUGAAGCAGGCUGAACAACGCCGUCUCCAAGAGGAGGAGAAUGCCAGAAUUGAGGCUGAGGCUGAGGCAGCAGCCAUCUAUCAGAUUGCAGAGCUGGACACCAAACUGCAGGCUGAACUAGAAGACGAAGAAGACGAGGCCGAAGAUCACGCAGAGGACCUGGAGAGCGGAGCGGCGUCUUCGCACCACGACGACGACGACGAAGAGGAGGAUGAAGAAACGGCGCAGCACACGAUGAAAGAAAGCGAUGCCUACCAUGAGGGAUAUAUCAACAUGAAGGCCGGUCACAAGUGGAAGAAACGCUGGGGAGUUGUCAAGGAGGGGACGUUCUCCUACUUCCGUGGCAAGCAGGAUGCUCUGAAGUCCGGCUGGUUGAACAAGAAGGGUGGCGGAACAGGAACGCUGUCAAGGCGUAACUGGAAGCGGCGUUUCUUUGUCUUGCGUGAGACGACGCUGACGUACCAUGAAUCGCAGGAGGAGAGCUCCAAGCUGCUCGGCACGAUUGAGCUCAAGGCGUGCAAGAAUAUCGUGACAUUCAGCAAAUCGUUUGAAUUUGGCAUUGAGCUGUCGCAUCGUACCUAUCACAUCACAGCAGAAUCAGAGGACGAAUUCACAGAGUGGGUUGGUCUACUUCGCAAGGUGAUCACAGCCAGUGAACAGGAUCUCAAAGAAUUCCAAACAUCCAGUGUCGACUCCAGACUGGCGGUGGGAAGUAUCGAGCUAUCUAGCAUUCAGUCAGUCGCUCCCACUGGAGGAAAUGCAAGACCAAACACGUUCACCAUCGUGACAGCUGAACGAGUCACCGAGUGUGAAGCCGACACACCGCAAGACGCUCUGCAGUGGAGAAGUGUGCUGGAACCGCAGAAGAAUCAGUACCAGGGAGGCAACCGAGCGGCCAUCGUCGAGAGAGGCUGGUUGACGAAGGAGACUCGGUCGGGCAAGCUUCGACAGAAGAGAUGGUUUGUGCUGACGGAGAAGGACGUCCGUUACUACAAGAAUGCCGAUACAAGACUACAGCCAAUUGCCACUAUCAGACUGAACUACUUGUGUUCUAUUAUAGCACCAGACGAGCUGACCUACAAGCAAGAAGGUCACUGGUCAAUGAUUUUGAACACACGAACAAGAACAUACAGGUUUGCUGCCAAGUCUCAGGCUGAUGCAACACGCUGGUGUAAUGCAAUCUCGGAGGUUGUGGACAACCUUCCUGUGAUAUCCAGUCACUACGAGAAGCUGGUCGAUGAGCUGCGCACCAGCAAAGACCCAGACCGCGUGUACCGCAUCAACCCCAUACUCGUACAGUCUACGGCAGACAUGACGUCAGCCUUGCUGCCUCUGCCCUACGGAAAGGUCAACACGCAACGUGCCAGGAGCAAGGGCUAUGGAACACGACAGGAGGAGGCCAUUCAGCUGUUUGGCUCUCUGGUGCAGGCCGAGUCCAUCUCUGACUAUGUCCCCGUCAUACAGGGCAUUCUGCAGACGGCGUUCGACCUGCCCGAUCUCAGGAGUGAAAUCUACUGUCAACUAAUCAAGCAGACGGCCGGUGUGAAACAUCCUGAUGGUCUGCUAACAGUGAGGACAUGGCAGGUGUUGGCAUGUAUGUGCGUGUGCUUCUUGCCGUCAAGAAAGUACCUCCGCUUCCUUAGCUGGCAUCUAAAGCGAGUACAAGCACAGCAUCCCAACACGGAAUCAGCGCGCUUUGCAGCGUACUGUGAGAAGGCGAUACAGAAGACGAAGACAAGAGACUUCCCACCGUCGCGUGACGAGAUCGCCGCAGUUUCGGCACGCAAGGAGUUAUCCGUCUCCGUCUACUGUUUCGGAGGCGGUGUAUGUAAGAUCAAGGUCGACUCGUCCACCACUGCCUCACAGAUCGUGGAAAAGCUCUGCAUGGGCAUGGGUGUACAGCACAGCCAUAACAAGUUUGCACUGUUUGAGCAGUGUGGGUCGCUGUCAAAGAACAUCGAAGAUCGUGUCAUCGUCGCCGACACCAUUUCCAGAUUUGAAAGAUAUCAAGUACAUGGUAUCAACGAAGGUGGUGAGAAAUGGAAACUCUUCUUCAAGGUCUUCUGCUUCUUCGACGUCGAGAACAUCAAAAUGGACGGCAUCGAGGGAGGCUUCCUUUUUGAGCAGGCGUGCGAUGCAGUACAUCUUGGUCGGUUCCCAGCUAACCAGCAAAGGUUAAUACGACUGUCGGCACUGAGACUGCAAUACAAAGAAGGAAACUACAAGGCCGGACAAUGGAACUCUGACCUGUUCAGUUUCUACCCAGUGAAGAAGAAGUCGGGACACGGUGCAGAGCGAGAGCGUAGUGGAACCUUGAAGGGGACGCUGCGAGGUCUUGGUACAAACACACUCAAGCGUAUCCGACAGGGUGAUGACAGCCAUGUAAACACGGGGUAUUCAGAGCAGGAGAUCCAGAACAUCAAGAUGUCCAUCUCUGACCAGUGGAAGAAACUCAAGGGCAUGACAGAGCAAGUCGCAAUGGAACAGUACAUGGAGAUCAUUCGGGAGUGGAGUGGCUACGGUGCGACACUCUUCGACGUAGAGUAUGCCGCCGAAAAGGAGAACAGUCGAUUCCCGCGGGACCUGUGGUUGGCGGUGUCCAAGGAGACGAUUGCCGUGUAUCGCCGUGGUGAAAGCGAUCCACUUUGCUCCUAUCCGUAUGCUCAGAUUCUAUCAUUUGGCGCCCCAGCCACCAACACGUACAAGCUGGUUGUGGAGGGUGAGGAGCCAAUGUCCUUCGAAACCAGUCAGGUUCUUGAGAUAGCCAAGUUGAUGAAGGCGUACAUCAACGGCAUUGUACGGCGAAGACGGCGUGAAGCACGCAAGAACGCCGCUCCGUAGGCGGCGAGAAAUAAAAAAGCGGAAUAUGUUUGUUGUGCUUACUACUGGCCUACUGGGGGCCUUUCUUCUACCUUUGUUAGCCCUUCUAUUUCUCUGACUCAUUCUUUCUCCUCUCUAUCUCCUCUCUCUCUCUCUCUCUCUCUCUCUCUCUCUCUCUCUCCCUCGCUCUCUCCCUCUCUCUCACACACACACACACACACACACACACACACACACACACACACACACACACAAACACGCACACACACACACACACACACGCACACUCAGUCACACUUACGCUCCUUCUCUCUCUCUCUCUCUCUUUCCCCUCUCCUGACUAGUAAUAAAAUCUCUUCUGUCACGCUGAUCAUGAAAGUAGUUAUAGGAAUGCAGCUGGCCCUGAUAGACUAAUGCAAUUUUAUAGUUUUAUGAUGCAUGUAUGUUUUGCGCUGGACAGAGUGAUUGCUUUGAGCGGCUCACUCCCUGCUCACCUGUGUCACUAGCCGCCGCACGCUGCUCUUAGAUCCGCUUGCAUGUGAUUUUGGGGUACACUUCGGCGAUCACGGCGAGAGUGCACUCGUGGAUGCACACCUGUUCUCUUCCAUUUCGUGGAAGGUGCCAUACACAUUACAAAAGCAACCUAUACAAAAACCCGGCACAGUAACUUCAUGAUGCAUCCUAUUUUUUAAAAGAUAUCCCCAUCCGCCCGACUGCUAAAUGCUGACCUGUGGGGCUUGCACUUAGUAUGUCAUCGCUGUGCAUCAUUACGUCAUCGCUGUGCAUCCUUACGUCAUCGCUGUGCAUCCUGACGUCAUCGCUGUGCAUCAUUCAGUUUUAUUUACUUUCUUUACUAGAACAGCUCUUAACGCUACGAUUGACUUUGCACCCGCAUCUCUGUUGUUGAUACUAGGGAAUUGUUUGAAAUUUUUUACUCAGUACCAUGUUGCUGUUGCCUCCACUGAUUCGUGUAAGCUAGCUCUUCUUCUGAAUUUUAAAAAACUUUUGUUUUGCUAGCCGUUUGUGCUUUUGAACGUCUCCCACUCGUUGUCAUGACAUCACCAUAUUCUCGCUGCUUUUGCGAAUCUUCAUGGAAAAAGAAUGUGCUAAUCAUGGA